UACACACUCACUUUUCCGGCGAUAAGGAAUGCAAUCAGACAUGAGGAGAAGUGAAAACACAAUAUAUCGUUUAAUUGGUUUGGAAUAAAGUAUUAAUGUGAAUAUGGGAAAAAGAAAGAAGGCAGUGCCAAAAAGAGCAGAUGAAGAAAAACGAAGAUGCAUGACAUGGAAUUUGUUAGAUGGGGCAUCUGGUUCCCUGUCUAUAUGUUCAGAUAAUGAUUCUCAACUCUUGAAGGAACAGAUUGAAGCUAGAGCCAAGUCCUGUCAGCCAAGUACUUCAUCGGGUGUGCAGUCUCAAGAGGAAUAUUCAGCAGUCAAUGACUCCUACGUUCAGUCAGUCUUAAACGAGAAUCUGGAAAAUUGUGUACAUUGCGUAACAAUUCAGCAACAGCUUAGAAUCAAAUCAAAUGAAUGGUGUAAACAAAUUGCAACAUUCUCAUUGACAAUUUCAGAGGAAAAGCCUCUUUUUGAAUUAACAGACGAUUGUUUGAGCCGGACAGAAGAAUUUUGGUUAUAUGUUGGUUGUGAUGGGUGCGAAAGUUUUAUUUACACAGAAGAAAAUACUGCAAAUGGAUUAAAGAAGUGUAAAUUUUGGUGUAUAUCAUGUUCUUUACCUAGCGAGGUUUUGGGAGCUUUUGCAGCAGACAAAAUAUUUCAGUUGGUAUUAGAAAGAUAUGACCAGAAUCACCAGUCGCUUGACAUAGUUGUCUACCUUAGACAAGCUGCCCUCGUUAAUAUGAAGUUUGCCUGUGAGCCACUGAAAAUGAAAAAGCAUAGCUUGGCAGUUCAGAGUAUUAUUGGUCAUUUCUUUGGAAUUAGACAACAUGAGUACAUUAGUGAAUUCACAAGAAAACAUGAUAUAGAAGAUCUGUAUCUGUCUGUCAAAAAACAUCAUGGUAUAGAGAAAAAUAAGUACACAGGUGAGGCAUCACCAGAUAUCCAACAUCCUUGUCUGAUUCCCAGUUUGAGGCCGUAUCAGAAAGAGGCUGUCAGAUGGAUGAUGACACAAGAGUCUGAUACAAGAAUUUAUCAAGACAAAGAUGCAGACUUACACAUGCUGUAUAAUGUUAUCCGACUGACCGAUGGUACAGAAUUAUAUUAUAAUAAAUUGGUAGGAAGUUUAACAUUGAAGAAAUUCCCUGUUACAGAAAGACUUCCAGGCGGUAUAUUGGCUGAUGAAAUGGGGCUUGGAAAGACUGUUGAAGUAUUAGCUUGCAUUAUAUUAAAUCCUAGGACUGACAUGAUGGAAACAAAGACAGAUGAGGGAGAAAAGAUUCAAUCUGUUAAUCCAGAGACAUUAAAUGGUUCACCAGUUGAAGCCACAGACCAAUCUGUAGACAUUCCGAGUACAAACAAUACUAACAAUGGUGCAUUUGUUUCUUCAGAUUCAGUUAAAGAUAUCAGUGAUCAGACUGUAGUAAAUACAUGUAGUGACAAAACUUCCUGUUUAACCACACAGGAAGUAGUAGUUGACAAUCAACUGUCUCGCAGUGAAUCUGUAAACGGUAGCUCAUUGGAUUGUGUUAAUACAUCUUCUGAAGUAUCAGUGUCAUGUGAUAAACUAGUUGAAACUGGAUUAGAUGUAGAUCAAGAGGAACAAAGUAACCAAUCUACACCAGGUUGUGAAUUGAAAAAUGAUGGUGAGAUUUCUAGUGAAAACUCUAUGGAGGACAAAAAUACUAUUAAUAAAUUGAAUUUGGGAAAGAAAGGAAGCAGAAAGAAAAGUACCGAACUCAAAGAGGAAGAAACAGAAUACAAAAAUAUCUUUGAUAGUCACAAAGAUGUUGGACCAAAAGAAUUUUUUGAAUGUAUCUGUGGAACAAAAGAAAGUAAAGCAUUUAAACAAAAAGACACCAAAAGCAAUAUACAGUGUAUUCAAUGUGGACUGUGGCAACAUGCAGAAUGUGUGAACUUUGACCUUCAUGACCUGUCGAGGCCAGAGUUCAUGUGUCCUCACUGUUUAGUUAGAAAUAAGCCACUGAAGUCAUGUGCCACUUUGAUUAUCUCCCCUUCAUCAAUCUGUCAUCAAUGGGUGGAUGAGAUCUUGAAACAUAUCCAUGAUCAAACAUUAAAAGUUUUUGUAUAUACUGGAGUACAUAAACAAGGAUUUAUACAACCUGAUACCCUGGCCAGACAAGAUAUUGUCAUUACAACGUACGAAACUCUGAGGAAAGAGAUAGAUUACGUGGAUCUGCCACACAGUAACAGUGAAAGUGGUAGAAAAUUCAGACACCCCAAAAGAUUUAUGGCUAUACCCAGUCCUUUGAUAGCUGUAGAAUGGUGGAGGAUCUGUCUAGAUGAAGCUCAGAUGGUAGAGUGUACAACAACAAAGACAGCUUUGAUGGCUCUGAGAUUGACAGCUGUCAACAGAUGGUGUGUUACUGGUACCCCAAUUCAAAGAAGUGUAGAAGAUCUGUAUGGACUAUUCCUAUUCUUGGGUAUAGAUCCAUUCUGGGUAAAGCAAUGGUUUGAAACAGUUUUGUUUAAACCAUUGUGUCAUGGAGUUACCAAGCCACUCUACGAUACAGUGUCAUCUAUACUGUGGAGGACAGCUAAAAAAGAUGUUAUUGAACAGAUUAACAUACCAGAACAGACAGAACAUAUUCAUUGGCUGACGUUUUCUCCUGUUGAAGACCACUUUUAUAGAAGACAGUAUCAAGAUUGUGUUAGAGACUGUAUGAAGAAAUUAAGUAAAUGGGCAGACAACUCUACAAAGUUAAGCAGCUUAGACAGACAGACAAUGAACCAGCUGUUGUAUCCAUUAUUGAGAUUAAGACAAGCGUGUUGCCAUCCCCAGGCAGUGAGAGGAGAAUUUCUACCUUUACAGAAAAGUACAAUGACCAUGGAAGAGCUGUUAGAAUCACUGACAAAGAAAGCAAAAACUGAAUGUGAAGAAGCUCACAGACAAAUAGUAGCAGCAUUGAAUGGUCAAGCAGGGUUACAUAUCAUAAAAAAACAGUAUUUAGAGGCAGUAGAUGGAUACAGAGAGGUAUUGAGGUCUGUAGAGGAACAUAAGGAGGAGUUACGUACUGACGAGUUACAGCAGUUACAUGCUUUACAUAAUCUACAGGAAGUAAUGGCAUUGAAACCUAAGGGACUGGAGCCUACACUCAGGGAUGGUCAGUUGUCUGAUCAAGCAAAUGAUAUAAGACACAGAUAUAUGACCAGAGCAGAGGCCAAAGUAACACAGGCUCAGCAGCAUCUUAAGUCUGUACAGGAUAAUCUUAACCAAGUGAAAGAUGAGUUUGCAGAAGGAUCAGAGUGGUGGCUAGAAUUGAUAGACCAUGCUGUUGAGAGAGGUAUUCAUGAGGAUCUUGUGGAACACAUCAAAUCAGACCUAUCUGACAAUGCUGGAGAGUUAGGACCACACAUAUCAAUAGCUAAUGUGUUUCAUGACACUAGAGGAUUAGAAUUAGUUUUAGAACAGAGACUUGAGGCCCUGGAAUCUGCACGUGAGAAACUGAUGACUUCCUUAAAUAUGCUGAGUCAGGGACUCACUCCUGCCAUGAUGAGUGAGACUGUUGAGUGCUGUUUGAGACCAGUUGGUGAAAUAUCUGGAAAAUGUCAGUUUUGUGAGACAGACCAGCACUUUCAAGACUUUGAAUCAAAACUAUAUUCUUUUACAGAGCAAGGUGUAGUUAUGUCAGGGGACCAGUACCAGGUGGGAACCAGAAGACAAGGAACUUGGGCAGAUAGUCAAGUGGAGAAGUCACUUAAGGCUUUACUUAGCUUUGCCAAACAUCAAAGAUUUAACAGGGAUGUAAUCAGCUCUGGUGUAACACACAUAAAGGUCUUUGAUGUUAUGAAGAAAGAAUUUAAGGGAUUGAGAGCUGUAUGGAUGUCCUUAAGAGAACAGGUAUCCAGUGUAGAUGAGUUAGAGAUGGCUACUACCAGACUGAGGCUGAGGUUACCAGAUGAAGCAGAGCCAACUACAGCACAGAUGCAUAUCAUAGAACCAGUCGCAAUAGACCAACAUAGACAGAAACUCAAGGCUGAUCAAAUUGUAGGAAGGUGUGAAUUGAGAAAGAAACUUGGGCAGCUGUUAUACCUAAAGAAUCUAGCAAAAACACAGGGUGACAAUGAAGAUGGACACAAUCCAGAACCUUGCCCCAUAUGUCAAAGAGAAUUAGGAGUAGAAUGGAGUGUGAUGCAUUGUGGGCAUUGUUAUUGUUUGGAUUGUAUGAGAAUAUUAUUAGACCAGUACAGUUUUGGCGGGAGAAAUCGUGUUGUUAAAUGUGCCAUCUGCCGAGAGAAGACCUACAGAAGUGAUGUGUCUUAUGUUAGUACCAAGAAGACAGAAGACUCAGAUGAUGUCCAAAAUUUUAAAGUUAAGGGCAGUCAUUCUACCAAAGUACAAGGAAUUGUAAAGCAGAUGAUAAAAAUUCACCACAAAGAUCCUGAAGCAAAAAUCCUCGUCUUUUCUACAUGGACAGAUGUACUGAAUGUUUUAUCUACAGCGCUUACAGAAAACAAUGUAGAACACAGAAUGUUGUAUCAUGGGGCUAAAUUUCAGCAAAAUUUGGCAUCAUUUAAAGAAGACAAACACAUAACAGCCUUACUGCUUCCCAUACAGUCAGGAUCUAAUGGUUUGAAUCUGAUAGAGGCUACUUAUGUUAUCCUAGUAGAACCGAUUCUUAACCCUGCGCAGGAACUCCAGGCCAUUGGUCGUGUUCAUAGGAUUGGACAAACUAGACCUACAGAAGUCCACAGAUUUCUAGUAAGAGCUACAAUUGAACAAAAGAUGUACAGCAUGUUAAAGUCUAUAGAGACCAAAGCUACUAGUCAUGAUACAGAGGAAAAUUCCCUCACUAUAGGAGACAUUACCUCUCUUUUAUCUGAAGAACAAAGAGAUCAGGAUCAAGCAGAUGAGGAACCAGAGGAACCAGUUCAAAAUCAUGCAGAAGAUGUGUCAGGACAGGAAGAAGUACCAGUUCAAAAUCUUGCAGAAGAUUCACCUGGACAGGAAGGUGAACAAAUUCAAAAUCAUGGGGAAAAUGUCCCAAUAGAAAAUGUUGUUACAGAACAGGAAGUUGAUAUAGAUCAAAGUUUGCAAACCCCAUUGGAAACUAUUGAAACAGAUGAAGUUAGAGAAAAUAAUCCUACAAGGUCAGAACAACAAGUGAACAGCUUUUCUGUGAACAUGUCGUCUGAAAACAGUGUUAAUUUAGAAUCAGUUGACAAUUCAGUUACAAAUGCACAACCCUGAAUUGUCCCAAGUUGAAAUUCAGUUGAAACUUUUUAUUGCAUUGAAUCAGUUGAAAAUUUGUCUCAAGACAAUUCACAAACUGAACACAUUAUGCAUAUUGAACAUGCCUUUUCUGAAGAACUGCAAUUGAUGCUUUCAAUCAGAAUCCAGUUGGAAAUACUGGAGUUAAUUCAAAUUCAGGGGCUGAAUGGUACAUAGAUCAAAUGAAAAUUAAUCCAGAAAUCUGUGGAACACUUAAACACAAUGCAAUGGAAAACUAUUUAAAUAUGGUCAAGCAUGUGCAGGCAUAGAAAAUAAUGUGGCAUAUAAGCUUGAGAACAUAGGAGUGUUGUGGUUUCAUUUAUCUUCAAUGGUAUCGAGCUUGAGAACAAAGGAGUGUUGUGGUUUCAUUUAUCUUCAAUGGUAUCGAGCUUGAGAACAUAGGAGUGUUGUGGUUUCAUUUAUCUUCAAUGGUAUCGAGCUUGAGACCAUAGGAGUGUUGUGGUUUCAUUUAUCUUCAAUUGUAUCGAGCUUGAGAACAUAGGAGUGUUGUGGUUUCAUUUAUCUUCAAUGGUACAUAGGAGUGUUGUGGUUUCAUUUAUCUUCAAUGGUAUCUUUUUUUGUGGUUAAGAAAAAAUUGCAAUUAAUUGAGACCUAAUUUCAUGGUAUCAUUUAUUUUUUUUCAAAAUGUAUAAAAUUUAAAAGUAUUUCUCACUUAUCAUAUCAUCCAUGAAAAUACUUACUUCUGAAUACUGUAAAUUCAGAAAUUAUUGCGAGGUUUUUAUUGAUGCGAAUAAUGCGACUGAGUGAGUAUCGCAAUAAUAAGAACUCGCAUUCUUAUAUCUUAUACAUAUACCUGUAUGCAGAUUUUCCUGAUAAUUAAUCUCGCAUUUUUGUCCGUUUUUCAAAAAUCGCAAUAAUUUCCGAAUUUACAGUAUAAAUGAAUCCACAGUAUAUUGUAGAUCAUUUUUUAAACAUACCUGAGGUAUCCACUUUAUGGAAUCUACUGACAGAAGAUUUACCAGGCGUUGGUUGACUUGUGUUUCAUUUUUUAAACAAGAUACAUACUGUACAAAUAACUAUUGUAAAAUUACUGUACUUUAUUAAGCAUGUUAAGUUGCAAAAGUAAAGUUUAUGUACAAGAUGUAAAAUUAAAAUUUCUGUUAAAAUGGUAAUGGUAAAAUUAUUGAAGAAUGGCAAAAUUACUACUGUACAUGUAAAAAUAUAUAAUUUUAUAUGCCACUGAUAUAGUGGCAAAUGUAGAUUUAUUGUACAUUGGCAUUUUUAAACUAUCAAAAUUUAAUUUUGAGAAUAUGGUUACAGAUAUCAUAUUUAAGAAAAGGCAUUGGCCAUCUUCAGGACCAUUGCACAGUCUUGGGCUAAAGCUUUUCCAAAUGUAAGUUCUAAUAUACACAUACAUGUAUAUCCCAAAUUAGCUGUGAACGAAAAGUACUAAGGACUGUAGUCCACAAAUAUAUUUAUAACCAUCUGCUUAGAAGCAAACUCAUCUUUGAGUAUCAGUCAGGGUUUUCACCUAAGCAUUCAGCUAUACAUCAACUAAUUGAACUGUAAAACACUAUAUUGAAUUUUCUUGAAAAGGAAGAAUUCAGCUGUUACUUAUUCUGUGGUUUUUAAAUUUUUUUCUUUUUCUUUAAGUAUGGCAUAAUUGACCUAUAGUAAAAAAAAAUCAUUUGGAACAAAUACAUAUGGUAAUUUUCUUUCAUAGCUUUAGAAUUAUCUUUUUUCAAAGAAAACAGAUUUCUAUGCAUAAAAUGAAACAUUUGGAGGAAAUGGAAAUUUUCUUUCACAGUUUAAAAAUUAUCUUUUAAAAAAAAUGUACAUUGUAGUUAUUAGAAAUUAUUUUAUUGUCUAUUUUUUUUGCUGUUGUACACUAUGGAUCUUUUUUUGGUCCUUUUUAGUUCCCCUCUGUGUAUAACUGAUAUUGACAAAAAUCUACUUUCACUGGCUGCUUGACUGUUUGCUGAUGAUACACCAUUAGGUCCAACAUUUAAAACUUAAAAGUAAUAAUUAAUCAUGAUUUGAAUGAACUUAGUGGUUGGUUUAGACUAAAAAGUGGCUCUUGUACAUCAGAUAUAAAGAUUUCUCUAAUAAAAGGAAUAAUCAGACUUAGGGAUAACAUCAAACAUUCUUUACACAUGGACUGUUGUUUACAUUCUUCAUCAUUUAGUAUUUGACUUGUACUUCAAUUAUAAAGAUUUCUCUAACAUAAGAAUAAAUAGGACAGAAGGAAUGUAUCUAAUAUUCUUUGUGGACCCUAUGUGACAUCCUUUAUCAAUUAUCAAUCGAGUUACCGCCUGGUGUCUUUUCUCGGCAACCAUCGUUAACUUUUUCCUGCUCCUACCCUUAAAAUAAUAUAAUUGACCUCAUAAUAAAAACUAAUAAACUGAAUAAUGUUGUGUCAUAAAUAUUUAUCAAAAAAUAUAUAUCACAUGAGCUAGUGAUCAGAAUAAGGAGGUAAUAUCUUACAUUCUUUGUGGCCGCUUUAUGAUAUCCUCUAUUAAGUAUGAAUUGACACACCUGCAGUUGUCCAUUCUCAAUAGCAAUUGAUAAAUUUUCUAUGUUUGUAUCUUUGAAAUAAUAUAAUUGACCUUAUAGGAAUGAAUGUGAUAAACUGAACAAUAUUGUAUAAUAAAUAUGUAUCACAAAAUAUAUAUCACUUGAGCUAGUGAUCAGAAUGAGGCAGUAAUAUCUUGCAUUCUUUGUGGCCUUUUUCUGACAUCCUCUAUCAAGGAGUAGAUGUGUAAACUGCAGGUCUAUUUUCUAAGCAGCAAUCAUUAACUUUUCUAUGCUCAUGACCUUAAAAUAAUAUAAAUGGCUUCAAGAUUUGUGUGAUAAGCUGAACAAGUAAUAAAUAUUUUUCACAAAGUAGAUAUUACAUUAGCUAGUGAUCAGAACGAAGAGAUAAUAUCUUACAUUCUUUGUGGCCCCGUUUAUUAUGUCCUAUAUCUAGUAUUAGUCGACACAC